AUGGCGCCUGCGGCGGAACCGGACUCGAUCGACGUGGGGACGACGCCGGACUACCCCCCGCACGUCGAGCGGCAGAUGAGGGAGCAGCACGAGCGGGAGCGGGAGAAGCACCACCUGGCGGAGCAGGCCCGCUCGGCCGCGGCGACGGCGGCGGCGACGGCGGCGGCGGCGAAAGCGGCGGCAGCCAAGGCGGCGGUGGAACAGGCGCUGGCGGCGGAGGGCGGGGGUGCGGUAGGUUACCGGUUCGGCGGCGUCGGCGGCGCCGGAGGCGGAGGUGGGCCCUCCUCGCCUCCGAUGCCGUACGGGUUGCCGGCGUCUCGAGAGCAGGCGGCGGCGGCGGUGGCGGCGAUUGCCGCCCGGCAGGAGGCACUGGCGUCCGGCGCGCACCCUAAGAUCCCCAUGCCAUCGGCUGCCGUUUUGGUGGAGAACGGCGGUGGUAUGGACGGAGACAGCUUGAGCAAGAACCCCUGGUCGAGAGAUGAGGACGACUCUUUGAUGAGGCUGGUUGAGCAGUACGGUGCCAAGCGGUGGUCGGUGAUCGCCAUGCAUCUGCCGGGAAGGAUCGGAAAGCAGUGCCGGGAGAGAUGGCACAACCACCUCAACCCGGACGUACGUAAGGAUGCCUGGAAGCCCGAGGAGGACCUGAUCAUCUUCCAGUACCACCGAAGCCUGGGGAACCAGUGGGCCGAGAUCGCAAAGCUUCUGCCCGGCAGCGGCGAGACUGACGGGGCCCCGCCCGUACCGGGGGUCGUGGCUGCCGGCCCCGACGGAGGCGUGCCGCCAGGGAUGGGGGGGGAUGUUUCCAGUCUCGCAGGAGACGCCAAUGAGGCGGCGAGACUGCUCAAGGAGGCGGCGAAUCUUCGGAGGCAGGCCGCGAUCCAGGAGGGAGGGGACGCCGGAGCCAUCCGGCCGGAGAUGGUGGCCGACGCUCAGGCCAAGGCCGAGGCGGCUGCCGGAGCUCUCGCGGUUGGCCGCAUGGGCCAGGUGCGCGACCUCGCUCAAGCGGCCGCAGCUCAGGCCGCGCAAGCCGCCGCCCUCCACGCGGCAUCGAAGGGCGCGGGGGGGGGGACGGCGGGCGCCGGGGCCAACGCGGGGGCGGGGGGAGCGGGGGGGGGCCUCAAUCUCACCGGAGGAGGAGGAGGGGGGGGGGGAGUCAGCGGGGUUCUCCGCAGCUCCCGGGGCUU